CAAGACCGCAACCUUGUCCCACUUUGCUUGUGGAUAAAGCGUUUUUAUGAGAACCCUUUUUCUGCACUUUCUUGUCUAAGAAGAAGCGUUGUUCUUUUUUUCUCUCUCUAACAUUUUUUACUCUCUUCAAAAUUCAAAGGUUUUUGAACAAAAAAUUGAUUUUCAAUGGCGGAAACUUUGAUCAAAACAAGCCUUGUUUCAUCCUGGCAUGGAAACAGAAACCAGCAACGUCAAAGGGUAUCCAUGGUUCCUAGAACUUGUAGCUUUAACACCGGUGUGAAAAGUUUUCCAUCUCUGAAGCUGAAAUCUCAGCUUCACAGAUCUUCCUCCUCCUUUUCAUCUGAGUUUCAUGGCAAAAAAGCUAUCUUUCGUGUAAAUAGAUCAACACCCAAAAGGGUCAAUUCACAAUUUUCAGUUUCAGCUGCUCCUAAGAUGACACUAAGAGUAGGGAAAGUUCAGAAAUGGUGGGAAAAGGGUCAUCAACCUAACAUGAGAGAGGUGACUUCAGCACAAGAUCUUGUAGAUUCACUUUUAAACGCAGGGGACAAGCUUGUGAUUGUUGAUUUUUUCUCUCCUGGUUGUGGUGGAUGCAAAGCCCUUCACCCUAAGAUAUGUCAAUUUGCAGAGAUGAAUCCUGAUGUUGAGUUCCUUCAAGUGAACUAUGAGGAGCAUAAAUCCAUGUGUUAUAGCCUUAAUGUUCAUGUUCUUCCUUUCUUCCGAUUCUAUAGAGGUGCUCAAGGUCGCGUAUGCAGCUUUAGCUGCACCAAUGCUACGAUCAAGAAGUUUAGAGAUGCAUUGGCCAAACACACUCCAGAUAGAUGCAGCUUGGAGCCAACCAAAGGUUUGGAAGAGAAAGAGCUCAUAGCUCUAUCUGAAAACAGAGAUCUUAACUUUACAUACACACCAAAGCCCUCUCAGCCUGUACAUACCCCUGCAAAUGAAGAGGUGGCGACUGAAGCCGUACCUUCUUUGACAUCAAAAUCUGAAGUCUCAAAGGAGAGACCCUUGGUCACUGCUUGGAGAUGAUGUGGUCAGUUUGUAGUCAACCACAUCUUAUGACUUCAUCCUUUGUACAUUGUAGGUUGGGUGUAAUAUCUUGAAGUAGUAUAUACUUGUGAGAUGAAGAUAUCUUUGAAGAUCAAGUCACAUAGUGUAUAUUCCUACAAGGCAGUUGGAAUUAUGGUUUUUUGAAUCCAUGCCUUAUAGAUAGAUAUUAGGGAAAGUUGAAGCUGUAGAGUUAUUAGUAUUAUUAUCAGUAUGGUUUUGAAAGAAAAAAGGGUCCGCGACUGUGAUCUGGGCUGGAACAUAGAGGGUUUUGAUGUCUCUAAUCGCUGCAGUUGACCGCGAUUAUCCAGAUUUGCAAUUUAAACCUUGAUUGUUAGUGGCUCUGCUUUUUGUAUGUUUGAAGAAGGAUACCUUCCAAACGUUGUAAAAUAAAUGUUAUUUUAUUCAGCGAUUGAUAAUCUUGCUUCUUUUUUA